CCAUUCAUCUCCCGGCUCGCCCCCCUCCCCCCUGGUUUGCGUAUUUCCUCUCUUAUCAGGAAGCUCUCAGUGUUUUGUAUACAGAGAUUCCCCUCCUCCUCCUCCUCCUCCAGGGGCCCCAGAGAAGACCUGAGGGCCACACCACAGGCCAGGAUCUCCGUCCUCCCCGUCCUCCCAUGGUACAUCCCUCCAAGGCCCCCCGUCCUCCUCCUCCGUGUCAUUGGAACAUCCAGUCGGUGGAGAAUGUCUUUGUUGGACGCCAAGUAUCUCAGAAGCAUCAAAGGAGCUCAGGCCUUCAUCAGCAUGGACCCCAACCUACUACGAUUUCCGGAGGUCGUAUUGGAAAGGAUCCAGAUAAAGAUCGAGGAAGACCCGACCCCUUCCAUCAAUACAGACGGAGAGGAGGAGAAGAAAGAAGCCAAUGGUGAAGAAUUGCCAAACCAGACGCAGCAAAAUGGGGAGGGCUCAUACUAUACCCGCGGAGAGGAGGAGAAAAAAGAGACCAAGGAUGAAGAAUUGCCAAACCAGACGCAGCAAAAGGGGGAGGUGUCAUACUAUACCCGCGGGCAGCGGAGCCGCGGCGGGAUCUCUGGGAAGGAACGCAGGAAAGACGCGGUCAGAGCGGGUCACAGGUUCGGGUGCAAUGGGUCCCUGGGUGAGAUGGAGCGGGGCGGAGGGCACCGGCGGGGAGGGAAGAAGAAGAGAGGCGGCUGGCACCAUUUAGCCUUCCGGGACCGCCAGCAGUUGCAGCGCAAACUGAAGCCGCCCAACAUGGCGUACACGGAGGAGGAGCGCCAGAGGGGGCAGCGUUUCAGCGAGGAGGAGAACGAAGUCCUGGUGGCGAACGUCCUCCAUCAUUAUUCGGAAUUAUGUGGUCAGUCUUCGGUGAAGGGCAGCGCCACGCAGAAGAGGCGGCUGUGGCAGGAGGUGGUGAACAACGUCAACAGGGUGGCCAAAACGUACCGGACCAUCGAGGUGUGCAAGAAGCGCUACGGCGACUGCAGGCGAUCAGUGAAACUCAAGAUGGCGGCUCUGGAGCAGCAGGCGCUCGGCAGGGGCGACCCCCACGAGCCAAUCAGAUUUAACAGCUGGGAAGAGAAACUGUGGCAGAAGAUCUCGGCUCUGAUGUCCGACGAGGGGGGGCAGCAGGUUCUGGAUACGGGGGACCCCACCAUGAUGGAUCUCGCCUGCCUCAUCCCACUAGAGACCCCCGGUUCCCCCAUGUGCCACUCCUGGACCCCCACCGUGGACACAGCAGGCCUCAUCCCACUAGAGACCCCCGGUUCCCCCAUGUGCCACUCCUGGGCCCCCACCGUGGACACAGCAGCCCCCUCCAUGGCGCAGCCGGAGGUCUCGGCGGCGGAGACGUUCUCGGAGGGAGAAGAGGCCACGUCGCCCCUGGACGUGCAGAUUGUCAGCGAAUGGUCUGAGGUGGAAUCUCCGUGCAUCCCCGCACCCCAAACCCACAGCGAGAGGGCGGAGCUUCCUGAACCCCCAGCAGAGCCCAAGGCCUCCCCCAACAUGGACAGCGGUGAACACGUGACGGAGCCGCCGCCGCCGGCCUUCACCGACCCGCACUACCAGCGCCUGCAGGAGGAGUUCAGCCAGAACCUGAGGCACGUGACCCGGAGCCACGGCUCGGAGCUGCACAAGCUGCGGGAGCACGUGGUGGAGGGCAACGGGCGCAUCGUGCAGCACCUGGAGGGCCUGGCCUCGGAGGUGCGGGAGCUGAACGCCCACGUGCGCCAGAUCCACAUGAACCAAGCCCACUUCAACCUCAUGUUCCAGAACUACCUCAGCGACACCAAACAGUUCUACGGGGCCAUGGUGCAAGCCAUGAGGAACUUACAGCAGCCCCGCGCCGUCAGCCCCAUGGCGUCCCCGGCGCCGUCCCCCGCGCCCUCACCCAAGCCCCACCCCACGACGACGCCCAAUCCGCUGCUACUGACCGCAAUGCCUGACUUUACCGCCCCGUCCCCGGUGGGAUCCGCCGAACCGGCCUCCGCCUCCUCCACCGCCUCGGAGUUACCGGUCUACACCAGGAGCCGCAGCGCCCGCAGGUCCGCCUCCACCUUCCGGACCCCCAAAAAUCGUUAAAGGGGGGGUCGGGAAGAGUCAGAACACUCCCCGUCGGGUUUUCCUUUGCUACCGGGGUGAUUUCUCUUCACUUCCUGUCCAAAGCAAAGGAAAGCCCCCCCCCCAGAGGGUGGUCCCAAUG